UAACAAACACCUCGAACUCGACCCCGAAUUCAAUGUAUUUCGUUCCUUCUGGCGCGAUUGGUGUGAUUUUAUUGGUGCAUCGUUUUGAGAUUGAUGCUUGCAAAGUGUGAAGCUUUUGCAAAAGAAUGUGCAAUCUAUGAGUGGUUGUUGGUUGUUAUCAGUGCCGUCACCACGCAUUUAAAAAGUAGAGUGAACAAUUUGCGUCAUUGUUGUUUAAGGAAAACGGUGUUUCCGUAGUUAGAAUAGUUGGGAAGUCGUAAAAAUGGCACAAUCUUACAUUUGUUGUCUAAGUGAGUCCUGCUAUGAACAUGCAGAAAAGCAUCUCGGUGAAACAAGCAUUGCGAGAAACGAAGGAAUUGCAGCAAUAACACAAUGGAUAGCAGAACACCAACCGAAUUUGCAGAUGCAUAAAGAUAUACGAUACUUGGUGUAUUUCCUACGCACCACCAAGUUCGAUGUCGAAAAGGCCAAGCAAAAGAUUGUCAAGUACUGCAAAAUCAGAUCAACACGCAUAGAGUGGUUUCAAAACAGGGAUCCAUUUUUGCCGGAAAUACAGGAGCUACUCGAUAUUGGCGUCUUUUUACCGUUGAAACAAAAAGAUAUUCAUAAUCGCCAGGUUGUGAUCAUACGGACAGCUGCGCACAAUCCAAAAUACCAUUCGCAGGACAAUGUGUUCAAAGUGGACAAAAUGAUUCUAGACCUUCUGCUCCAUCUGGAUGAAACGAUUUCCAUUUAUGGAAUAGUAGCAGUUUUCGACAUGAAAAACGUAACCUUGAACCAUGCGUUACAAUUGCCGCCAUCUCUAGUGAAACGCACCGUCGAGAGCUGGGAGAACUACCCCUGCCGACCUCAAUUAUUGGAAUUUAUAAACGCCCCGAUUCACGUGAACAUCGUGUUGAAUGUAUUCAGGAGUUUCAUGAGCCCCAAGAUGAAAUCGCGCGUGAAAGUGUCGAGGCGCGGAACGCACGUAGGCACCCUGGUGAAUCUACCCAUCGAGUUGGGUGGAACCGGAGAAUCCUAUCAUGAUCUCACCGUCUACUGGAAGCAGAAAAUGCAAGAUCAUGCAUUCUGGUUUGCCGAGGAACAAUGUCAUGUAAUGGAAGAAGAAUCACAGACAAACAGACGUAACUCUUAGCACAAAUUGUGAUCGAUAUCUUGCCAAGAAAAUUGGUCAAUAAGGAUACAGGUGGCGGUAGUGUGUACAGCCAUACUCGAACAAAAUUAUGGUGCGUAUUUUCUGAGAAAAUACUGGAAAAUGUACAGUAGUCUUAAAACAUAGAUGCUUUUUUAAGUAUUGCAAAGUUACAGAGUUUAUUAAUUGUUAAUUUAUGGGAAAUAAAAUGGCAUUUACACCAAAUAUA